AUGGCCUUCUUCCCCGCCAAUUUUACGCUACAAACUCAUAAUGAAGAUGAACAUCAGCCCUCCACUUCUCUCAAUCCAAUUCUUCCCCAUUGCAACCCUCAAGACUUCCAUUGUGUGGUUUCACUUGAGGGGAAGAGAUCGUCGGUGUUUCCCGAUGUUUGUGAAGAAAAUCAUGCGGAGGACUAUAUGUCGGACGAUGGAUUACAAGGGGGAGAGAAGAAGAGAAGGCUUAACAUGGAUCAAGUGAAGACACUUGAGAAGAAUUUCGAGUUGGGGAAUAAGCUCGAGCCCGAGAGGAAAAUGCAGCUGGCUCGGGCUUUGGGCCUGCAACCGAGGCAGAUUGCGAUUUGGUUUCAAAACAGGAGGGCAAGGUGGAAGACAAAGCAAUUGGAGAAAGAUUAUGACGUUCUUAAGAGACAAUUUGAAGCUGUUAAAGCAGAUAAUGAUGCCCUUCAAGCACAGAAUCAGAAACUUCAAGCUGAGAUAAUGGCACUAAAGAAAAGGGAACCGACAGAAAUCAAUCUGAACAAAGAAAUGGAAGGUUCUUGCAGUAUCAGAAGUGAAAACAGUUCUGAUAUUAAGCUAGACAUUUCAAGAACACCAGCAAAUGACAGCCCUUUAUCUGCACACCCCUCAAUAAGAACCCUCUUUGCACCUUCAAUGAGGCCUACUGGUGCAGCACAACUUUUCCAGACGUCGUGCAGACCUGAUAUUCAGUGCCAGAAACCGGACCAAACUGUGAAAGAAGAAAGCUUUUGCGGAAUGUUAUGUGGCAUGGACGAUCAAACCGGAUUUUGGCCAUGGCUAGACCAACAUCAUUUCAGUUAA